UGCGCGUGCGCACAGCCUGCGUGGGGGAAGAAGCUCUUUAUUGUUGCACGGCGGGGUCGGCCGUCGGCGGAGGCUUUCCGAGGGGGAGGACCUAGAACCGACCUAUGGUUACAGUUUCUUCUUGGUCUCACAGAUUGUACAAAACAAAGGCAAAGUACCUGGAGAGAAAGCCACUAAUUGGCAGAAUCCUUAAUGGCAGUGACAUGCGGCAUUUUAGCAGAAGUGAUCUGUACUCUGAACAGCAACAGAGGGAUACGGUGAAGUCCUCUGAUGGAACUAAGUCACUUCACGGUAUGCUGGAAUUUCCAAGAGUUCUCCCAACGAAAGCCCCAAAUGCUCCAUUUCUUAGUCCUGCUGCCAGGUCCAUUAGCAAUCUUGAUACUGACUGUAGGACACAAGCACUAGUUGUCCCUUAUUCAUCCACUCCAAGGCAUCUGUCAGGUAAAAGAAGCCCACAUGCCAGUGCCAGAAUGCCUGUAUUGCCUAGAAGUAUUGGUUCCUUACAACAUCUGGAGGACACUGGUUUUGAACCUCAGGAACUGAAAAGAUCAAAAAGUAUUUCAGCUACUAGGGCUUGUCCAUCAUAUGAAACAUCUGUUCCUUGGUAUCAACUCAGUCUGACUGACCAUGAAGAAAGUCCCCAGCUGUGCAUGCAGAAACCUGCAAGAAGCUGUUCUGUAGUUGAGCAAAUGAGAAAAAUGUCCUCCUUCCAGGCUGAUUACUGGGCAUGUGCAAUACCCGAUUCUCUACCACCAUCACCAGACCGUCAGUCCCCCCUUUGGAAUCCUAAUAAAGAAUAUGAGGACUUGCUUGAUUAUACCUAUCCUUUACGGCCAAAAUAUAAGCUUGCAAAAAAUCUCAAAGAUUCCACUGUUCAUGAUUCUGGGAUUGAUCUUGACAGCCUUUCCAUUUCCCCUGAGAGUACCUUGAAGUCUAUGAGUAUGUGGGACCAAGAACACCAAACCAUGGAGAGCCCCUCUGCACAGAGGCUUUCAAGCCCUUUCUUGAAAAAGCUUGAAUGCUCAGCUCCAGUUUCUCAAUACAGAAUAUCACCCUUUGGAAAACUCUCCCUGGCAGAUGGAGGCCCUUCUGCUGGUGGAAUUGCCAUUUCUGGAGUGAUGUCACCUAGUUUAUCUCCUGGGUGCCCUGAGCCACCUAAUUCCACUUUUGUAAUUGAGCAGGGCCGCAACAAAAAGAGACAUGACUGUCUUCUGAGGAGAAAAGCUGCCAGUGGAAACUUCUUGUGCUCCACAAGUACACUGCCUUUACAGAAAGAAUGUGCCAGUGAUGAUGAAUACCUCUCCUUACCACCAAGACUCAAGGAGUUAGAGACAUUGGCGCAGCAACUAACUGAUCUUACGCUGACCAUAAAGAAACCGGAACAUGGCCAGGUUCAAGAUGACUCCCCCUGCAUCAGUGUGAAUGGGGAGCGGCUUCUGUCAGAGGUUCAGGGAGAUAGUGAUGGUAAUGAGAGCCAGUGGGAAUUGUAUUGUGACUCUUUACAUACAUGUAGUUUCCAAGAACCUGAUGAAAUAGACAUUCUAAGGGAUCGAAACAACAAGGACCAUGAAAGUGAGCCAAGAGAAACUGCUAGCCCUGAUUUUCUAGAAAUGAGAUGCCCAGAGUUCCUUUGUGUCAAGCAAAAGAAGGACCAUUACUCUCUUGCACAGUGUAUUAAGAUAUUUUGCUAUCAGCUGGAAGAGCUCAUUCGUUGGCUGCAUAAAGUGGCAGAGGUUAUAGACCACUGGAUUCCUCCCAAGCCGGACAUUGAAAGUGUUAAAGCAUCAUAUCAAAACUACCUGGAAUUCAAAAAAGAUUUAGCUGGGCACCAAGAGCUGACUGAAGGUGUGUUGCAUGAUGGUGAAAAACUUCUCAAAUGCAUGUCAUCAAAUUCACCAGUUUUACAGAAAACUCUUGGCUUGAUUGCAAAACAUUCGGAUGUGCUUAAAAGCCACGCUGAACGAUUGUAUGAAUCUAUUUUAGCAGCAGUACAUACUCUUGAUGCUGGUUUGAAGAAGCAUUGUGAUGCUCAAGAAACUGCUGUCCACACAGAAACAUCUGAAUAAAGCUUCUAAUUGAUGCGGAAGAAUGAACUAACUACAUUCAUAAGGAGCGUGAGGAGGCUUCCUAAACAGAGGAAACAAGAACUUUUCCUUCAAACUUUUGAUGUACUAUAGUGACAUCAAGCUCGGUUUCCAAGUUCAGAAGGUACAGCAGUGAGCUUUGUAUCUGGCACCAAAGUGUUGAAGAACAGUGUGGAAGGGAAACUUCUGCUGUUGGAGUGACAGGUGGCUUAAUGAUGAGUUUCUAAUUUUGAUAUCUACAGUACUUGCUAGGGCUGAGCAUGCUUCAGAAAUGAUUCAGAAGUGUCUGUGUGAGACAGAUUCCACUUGACCCUCAAAAAAAAAGUUGCAGUUACUUUGAAAGUCAAAUUAUGAAUGGACUUCAUAAAGCAGCAGCAUUUCAUUUUCAGAUUUGUGUUGCAGCCUGAAAAAAAAUACAGGCUGCUAUAAAGAACAGCAGGGAGAUACUUUUUUAUGGGAGGUCCAAAGUGCUUCCGAAUAAUAAUCAGAACAUGUACAGCCCUAGUGUUUGUUUUGUAUUUUUUCAGUGAAUUAACUAUAAGUCUUCAGUGCCUGUUAAUUUGCCCCUCUAUAGUUUUGCUGAUGUGACAAAUUAUAUGGAAGCUACAUUUCAAAUAAAGCAACUUUAUUAUUUUAAAACAUGCACUGGAAGUAAGUGAUUUCAGUAACAGUGUAAGUAGUAGUCUGUUAAAGCUGCAAUGACAUGGCUAAUAUGUUACUUAAUUAAUUGUGAAAGAUUCAUGCUGAAGAAGUUACAAAUCAGCGUUGUAAACUUUAAGGGCUACAGGCACUGUUCACCUUUGCUUACCAACCACUAACUAGAUUGUAGUACACCUUUUCUAUGUCAUCGAUACAUACUUUAAUUAUAAGUACCUGGAGAAGAGAGGUUCUAUAUUUUCAUUAUAGAAUAAAAGAGGCUCAGCUUGUAACAGAAAACCUCAGUUUAAUAUUAUAGUAUGAGUAGACUUCUGUAUACCUUCUUUUGCUGAAUCCAUAAGCUUUGUAUCAAGGAUGAUACUAGCUCCUGUUUGCACAUAAUCCUGAAUGCAUAUUAGAGUUUAAAAAAGCAAUUCUGUGCAUUCAGAUAUAAAACUCCUAUUUUUCAUGAUUGGCUAGUAACAGAAUGGUUACCAUAUUAAUCACAGAAACCUAGCCUUUGAAGUUACGAUUUCAAAGUCAUAUCAAGAACAAUUGAUAAACUAAAAAUAAUGUCCCCUUUCUGGCUGUUCAACUUUCCUUCCCACUGGAAACAGUAGGAAGAAAUUACAAGUUUUUUUCUGGGGUGGGAAAAAUCCAGUAUGACCUGUUAGCUUUGUUCAUACAGGUAAACCUGAGCAAUGGAUUACUGAAUUAAUCCAAUAGCCUGAGUUUGUAUACCACACUGACUUGUCACACUCUUAAGUUGCUUCUUCUCAGGCAUGAGCUGUAUUGUCAGGGUAGAAAUUAAGUAAUAUCUGCAUGAUGCAGAUACUGCAACAUACAUUGUUUUUUUCCACAAAAUUUCCUACUUUGAAUUAAUGCAUUUUGGAAACUGCUAGCAACAAUGAUACAAUUAAAUUGAAGUACAUAAGA